CUCCACGCCAUGCUCUCCCCAGCCCGCCUACUCCCUCUUAUUGGGAGUCUCCUCCCUUUAGUCUCUGGCCUGCCUACCACCGGCUCAUCGUCUGUGGUUCUCCCUCCCAGUGUAGACCCUUUCUAUAGUGCCCCCCAUGGCUUCGAGACCACCCUCCCCGGCGCCAUCCUGCGCCUCCGCCCCGCUCCGGGCAAUCUGACUGCGUUGGUCGGCAAUGCUUCUGCCGCAUACAACAUCGUCUACCGCACCACAGACAGCCAAUAUCGCCCUUCGUGGGCUGUAACCACUGUCUUCAUUCCCUCCAAGCCUCGUCCCGGCAACUCUUCCCUACUCUCCUACCAAAUCGCAUAUGACUCCCACAGCAUUAACGCCAGCCCCAGCUACGCCAUGUACACCUCCCCUCCUAUCGAUGUCUCCAUCGCGCUGAGCCAGGGCUGGUACGUCAAUGUUCCGGACUACGAAGGUCCUCUGGCAUCCUUCACGGCGGGCGUUCAAUCGGGCCACGCAACGCUCGACUCCAUCCGCAGUAUCCUGAAGUCCAACACCACUGCCUUCAACAUUAAAGCUUCAUCCUCCCGCACAGCUCUAUGGGGAUACUCCGGCGGUGCCCUCGCCAGCGAAUGGGCAACCGAGUUACAGGGACAAUACGCGCCCGAACUCUCUCUUGCCGGAGCAGCACUCGGCGGUCUCACACCCAACAUUACAAAUGUAAUGAACACCGUCACAGGGAACCUCAACGCAGGACUCAUCCCAGAAGCAGUCCUCGGUCUGGCCAGUCAAUACCCAGCCACCUACGACUACUUGGUGAACGAAUUAAACCCAGAGGGAACGCAUAACCGCACGACCUUCCUCCUAUCCCGAAACAUGACUCUGGCCCAGGCGGAGGCCUUCUUCGCGGGACAGAAUGUUUACGAGUAUUUUGCCAACGGCAGUGACACCUUCAAGGCUCCUGUGGUGCAGCAUGCGCUGAAUCGCGACGGGUAUAUGGGAUAUCAUGGCGUGCCGCAGACCCCCAUCUAUGCGUAUAAGGCGAUUCAUGAUGAAGUCAGUCCGAUCAGCGAUACGGAUGCGUUGUUGGAAAGGUACUGUGGCGUCGGCGUGAAUAUCUUGUAUGAGCGGAAUACUAUUGGCGGUCAUUCUGCGGAGGGUACAAAUGGCCAUGCGAGGGCGCUGCAGUUUGUAUCCUCUGUUUUGGAUGGGUCGUAUGCUAGUCAAUAUCAGACUAUGGGAUGCACGUUCAGGGAUGUUUCGGUUAAUAUCACUGAUUCGGCGCUGUGAAAUGAUGCUGCCGUGUUGUUAUAGAUAUGGGUGAUGCUUUUAUGGUUGUAUAGUAUUAUUAUGACUGAUUGAACAUUUUCAUAUGGUUAAUAAUAUUGCGCAGGGCUUGUAUAAGUAUAUAUAAUUUGAGUUUGUUUUUGAUCUGUA